UCCUCUGAGUCCACCGUAACUAACCCAUGAAGACCAUGAAAGCCAGGCUUCAGAUGCUUCCAAUUUUGGCCGCUUCGGCAGCUUCGGCCGCCGAUGUCACCUGGGUGUUGGGCUCGGGCGGUGCCAGUUGCGACUUGACCUGCGUCAGUCGCUCCGGCUGCAGCGAAGAUGCGUGGCCAAAGACGGAUGCUGAGUUCUAUGACAUUUCCAAGUUGGCAGGACAAGUUUGUGAGUCAACUCAGACUGGCAGCGCCAAGUAUGAUCCCAGCACGGAUGGUCGCUACUGUGGCUGGAAGGGUCCAGAAGAUAUGCCAAAGGAAGAGACCCGAUGUAGCCAAAGUGCGGAUUCGAGCACCUAUCGCUUCUGUCCCUGCAAUUCAGAUAAGGAGCUUUAGCUGUGAUGAAUUUGUGGGAGAGGUGUGAGUGACGGUGUGAGGUUGGAUGGGUGAGGC